UGUAAUGUUUAUAAAUGACCUGCCGGAUUCAGUCAAACAUGACAGCCAAGUGUUCCUGUAUGCAGACGACACUAAGAUUUUUAGAAAGAUAAAGGAAAGGGAAGAUUGUGACAAGCUGCAAGAGGACCUAGAUGAGCUCAAAGGAUGGACAGAAAAAUGGCUCAUGAAUUUUCACCCAGACAAAAGUAAACACAUGAGGAUUGGGCAAUCAGAAAUUGAGGACAAAGUUUAUAAUAUGUACAGUAAAAUCAAUAAGACCAGGGUAGAAAAGGACAUUGGUGUGGUCAUUGAUAACAAGCUCAUGUUCUCAGACCACCUGGCCGAAAAAAUUAACAAGGCGAAUAAGAUUGUGGGGCUGAUAAGAAGAACUUUUAUUCACCUUGACCCUGCAGUAUUCAAGACACUCUACACUGCAUUGGUAAGACCCCAUUUAGAAUAUGCCAACCAGGUAUGGAGUCCACACCUGGAUGUUGAGGCUGUGGAGAACGUGCAGCGAAGAGCAACGAAGCUGGUGCCUUGCCUGAAAGACCUGCCAUAUGGAGAGAGACUGAGACAGCUUGAGUUGCCCACACUGGCAUAUAGAAGAUCCCAUGGAGACCAAAUUGAAACUUUUAAAAUUGUAACCAGGAAAUAUGAUAUAGAUUGUACAGAGGGACUUUUUGAUUUAAGGGAAGAUAGCACCACACGGGGAAACUCUAAGAAAAUCUUUAAACCAAGAGCUAGGCUGAAUGUUCGGAAGUUUUCAUUCCCCAACCGGGUGGUUAAUACCUGGAACAGUUUGCCAGAGUGGGUAGUGAACGCUGACUCAGUAGAGAGUUUUGAGGCAAAACUCGAUAAAUUUUGGAAAAAUCAAGAACAAAAAUUUUCAUAUAGAGCACAAAGUCACCACGCGCAGCCCACACAGUGUUCAGGCUGCUGAACUGGAGCCACAGGCCACUUAAGGCCUCUUCCAGGGAAUCUUCUGUAUCUGUGAGUAUCUGUGAGUGUUCUUGGGCGGGGAAAUGUCUUGUAAUGCGACCCAUAGACACGGUCCCAUCACGCAGAUGGCUUGCCAGGUAACAAAAUACGUAACACUGUCCCUGAACACACGUCACAUGCCUUCCCCGCCCGUCACAAUGCGUAGACGUAACACAGUACCAUACAGCACCGUGACGAAGCUAUAUAGUGUGGCAGGUUACGAAAUGAUAACGUAACACUAGUCUAGGAUAUGAAAUCACUGUUUCUGGCACUGCGUAACACCUUCAACCCGUCACACGCCUCCCUGACCGUCACCUUAAUGCGUAGACGUAACACAGUACCAUACAUCACCGUGACGAAGCUGUAUAGUGUGGCAGGUAACGAUAUAAUAACGUAACACUAGUCUAGGGUACCCAAACAGCCAUUGGCACUGCGUAACACUUGCAACCCGUCACACGCCUCCCUGACCAUCACCUCAAGACGUAGCCGUAACACAGCACAGAGGAGCACAGUAACACAGCUGUAGAGUUAGUCACGCAUGCAAAUAACAACGUGUAAGUCUCUCACCUCAAAAUAUAUAUUAACCACGGCCCUGCCACGACUGCCCGGCGGUCACCUCAACACUGGACGCCACACAGCCCUAUUACGCACUUAUAUCAUUGACCCAGCAAUAAUAUAAUGACUCACAGCACUGUCUCACCUCAAAUUACACUCCACAAGUCCCUGGCAAGCUCGUGGAGGCAAGAAAAAGUGGGAGCCAGCGGGGCCAUGGUGUGGGGUUGACAGGUGGCCAUGACUGUGUGGACGCGAAGACUCCCAGCCAAUCAGCGCACAGGAAGCUCCGGGCAGCCAAUCAGGGCACAGAAUAGGGACGCUGCCCUCUCCCGCCAAAGCCAAAUAUAUAUUAUAGUUAUUUCCAAGCCUGUUUUAAGCCUUACAAUGUUACUAUGGCUUUCCGGGAGGUUAGAAUUAGUCUUUGCACAGUUUAAUUAUGGUUUCCUUGGAGCUUUGAAGGUUUAGAGGCGUGAGUGUGAAGGAGCGAGAAACUGUCGGGUCCGUACACAUAUAUAUAGUUAUUUCCAAGCCUGUUUUAAGCCUUACAAUGUUACUAUGGCUUUCCGGGAGGUUAGAAUUAGUCUUUGCACACUUUAAUUAUGGUUUUCUACGAGUCUUGAAGGUUAAGAGGCGUGUGUGUGAGGGUGCGAGAAAUUGGCGGCAAAGAUUCUUAUGAGGGAAGCCGUCCUUUGCACCGCGACCAAGCCUGUUUAAGCCUUACACUCUUACUAUGGCUUUCCAAGAGGUUACUUUUAGUCUUUGCACACUUUAAUUAUGGUUUUCUACGAGUCUUGAAGGUUAAGAGGCGUGUGUGUGAGGGAGCGAGAUUUUGGCGCCAAAGUUGCAAUGAGGGGGAAGCUGCUGACCUGGUGCCGCGACCAAUCACAGAGCAGGAAAAAAAGGCGGGGAGCUCACAGCCAAUCAGCGCACAGCAAGGCCCCCAGGACAGCCAAUCAGAGCAGAGAACAGGGACGCCCCCCAUUUCCCGCUCAAAAUCACUCAAGAAAGCCACACAGAUAUAUUAUAGCCAUUUUCAAGCAUUUUUAGAGGCUUAAACUUAAUUAUGGCUUUCCUGGAGACUAGUUUUGAUAUUUUCACACUUUAAUUAUGGCUUUC